AUGACGAAUUAUGGCUCACGAUUCCUAGUACCACCUCAUAGCCCUGGAGGAGGUGGCCUAGACCUAUACUGGAAACAAGGGAUGGAACUAGCGGUCAUGUCAUCUUCGGACAACUACAUUGAAGCUAUGAUCACCUACAAAGGUAAAUCAUUUAUAACCACUUUUGUCUACGGCGAGCCAGAUCACUCAAAGCGUAAAGACGUAUGGGAAGACCUGACAGCAAAAAACAAGGGAAGAGACUUACCUUGGUUCUUAACCGGCGAUUUCAACGACAUCUUGAACCAUAGCGAGAAGACCGGGGGUCCAAUGCGAGCUGAAGGGACUUUUGGGGAGUUUAGAUCCUUCCUCUCCAAAGGAGAUCUCUAUGACAUUCCACAUACUGGUAAUCCCCUUUCCUGGAGAGGAGUUCGUUACUCCCACCUGGUGCAUUGCCGCCUUGAUCGUUCUCUCUCCAAUGGAGCGUGGGCCGACAUCUAUCUGUUUAGUAGGUGUUACUACCUCGACUUUGAGGGUUCUGAACACCGUCCCCUGCUCACUAUCCUCGAGACAAACCUGAAGAAAAAAAGAGGAAUUUUCCGUUACGAUAGAAGCAUGAAGGAUAACCCGAAAAUUACUGAAUUAAUAGAAAAAGCUUGGCUUUCUUCUGAGACAGCUACGGUGGAGCAACGAAUUAUCUCAUGCAGAAGAGAGAUCUCGAAAUGGAACCGGGAACACCAUCUAAAUGCUCAGAAAGGAAUAAAAGAAGAAAAAGCAAAGCUAGAGUUAGCAAUGAGCUCCAGCUCCCUGGACCAGGGGAAAAUCGUGGAGAUAACUACAAACCUCAGUAGGGCGUAUGCGAAGGAGGAAGGUUACUGGAGACAGCGCAGUAGAACGCAUUGGCUGGCCUUGGGAGACAAAAACUCCGGUUACUUCCAUGCUAUCACACGAGGAAGAAGACUGGUGAAUAAACUUGCAAUACUAGAGGAUGCUCAGGGAACAGCAGUCUAUGAGGAAGAGAAGAUAGUGCAAGUGAUCUCAACUUACUUCCAAGAUAUCUUUAUAACCCGAUCCUCCAACUGUGUGGAAACAGUCAACCAAGCCAUUCAACCUUGUAUCUCCGAGGAAACUAAUGCGCUCUUGAUAGCCGACCCCACACCAGAAGAAAUCAAAGCAGCCUUAUUCUCUAUCAACCCUGACAAAGCUCCUGGUCCGGAUGGUUUUUCAGCCUGUUUUUUCCAAAAAAAUUGGUCAGUUAUGGGUCCUCAGAUAACCAAAGAAGUUCUGGGAAUUCUUUCAUCAGGAAUCCUACCAAGCUCUAUCAACGAAACCCACCUCAGACUAAUUCCUAAGGUCCCCAGCCCAAAAUCAGUAGCAGAGUAUAGACCUAUUGCCCUCUGCAAUGUCUACUACAAAAUCAUCUCAAAACUGCUUACUAGAAGACUACAACCUGUCCUACCCACAAUCAUAUCCGAGAACCAAACUGCUUUCAUUCCCGGAAGAGUAAUUUCUGACUAUGUAUUCAUCACACACGAAGUUUUACAUUACCUCAAAGGCUCGGGAGCUACAAAAUACUGCUCCAUGGCCGUGAAAACGGAUAUGAGCAAGGCCUACGACCGGCUGGAAUGGAACUUCAUUGCGGCGGUGCUCGACAGGAUGGGGUUUCACCCCAAGUGGACCAACUGGAUCUUUCAGUGCAUCUCCACCGUAUCCUAUACCUUCUUGGUCAAUGGGACAGCUCAAGGGCAAGUGAUUCCUCAACGUGGUAUCAGACAAGGCGAUCCCCUCUCCCCCUUCAUCUUCAUCCUAUGCGGAGAAGUGCUGUCAGGUCUCUGCAAAAAAGCUUUAGAUAAUGGCUCUCUACCGAGUAUCAAGGUCUCAAGAGGAAGUCCGAAAAUUAAUCACCUUCUGUUUGCCGACGAUACCAUGUUCUUCUGUAAAAUCAGCCAGAAAAGCUGUGAGACACUCCAUUCAAUCCUCCAACAAUACGAAGAAGCCUCGGGGCAGAUGAUCAACCUCCAGAAAUCCUGCAUUACUUUCUCAAAGAAAACACCAGAAGAGAUCAGACUGAGAGUCAAGAACUCUCUAGGCAUUGACAAAGAAGGGGGCCAAGGGAAGUACUUGGGCUUACCUGAGAGUUUUGGACGGCGAAAGAAAGAUCUGUUUACUUCAAUUGUAGACCGGAUGCGUCAAAGAGCAGUAAGCUACUCCUCACGUUUCCUUUCAGGAGCGGGGAAGCUCACUAUGCUUACUUCAGUCCUCUCAGCUAUCCCCACGUACACGAUGUCGUGCUUUAAGUUACCUGCGGGGCUCUGCAAGCGCAUUCAGUCAGUACUUACCAGAUUUUGGUGGGAUGCAAAUCCAGGGAAAAGGAAAAUGUGUUGA